UUGUAUCGACGUUAAUUAAAAAGGCUGCGUGGGAGGAUUACGUGAUGUAUCAAAUAUGGCUGACGGAUGCUUCCACAACAGAGGAUUAGGAGCCAGAGUGUUAGACAUGGGUUGCGGUACAGGUAGUGUUACAAAACAUAUCGGCGACAUCGCUGGCUCUGAAGGUCAAACGGUUGGAGUCGAUCCCGAUGCCGCAAGAAUCAAAAUUGCUGAGGAAAAAUAUAAGGAACAGGGCAAUCUUCAAUUUCACGUUGGCAACAGCGUGGAUGGAUUUCCACACGAUAAUGAGCCGUACUACGAUUUUCAUGUAAGCACGAAUGCAUUUCACUGGUUCCCGGACGAGCACAAAAGGUUAUACAUACAGAAAGCCCACCAAUCGUUAAAACCCGGAGGAAAGCUGUCGAUUUUGUGUACGAGACAUGUUGGCCCGGUUUACACCGAAGCGUUCGAACGACUCAAUUACCAUCCCAUGACUCAAGAUGAAUACGAAAAACUUUUUCAAGACGUAGGAUUGUUUAGCAAUGUCAUUGUCAAACAAAUGGAUUAUGUGGCACAUUAUGAGUCAUACGAAGAAUUUAAGCGUUGGGUCAAGGCGUCUACACAUCACAACAUCGACGAUGUGGAUCCAGCCGUUGCGAAACAAGCGAUGGCUGAUCGAGUUACAUUUCACGACGAUGGCAGGAUUGACUCCAAAAUGCAAUGCGUUUCAAUUACAGCUACUAAGUGAAAAGAACAGUCUUGUGUUUCAGACGCAAUUUGUACUUCUUAGGCAAUUAUAAUAUGGAUUUCAAACUUCAUGUGCAAUUGCAUGUGUACUUUUAUUUUAUCUCAUUAGCAUCUAUUAAAUCACACUGCAAAGAAUAUACAGUGGGACACUUAAGCCCGGAAGCAUUUUAAAAGAUG